AUGACCGUGCUGUUUCUGAACACAUUCGUGACCAUCCUUUUAGACUACAUGAAUGUGGAAGGAAGCAGCUGCAGCUGCUGCGGAGUUGUCCAGAGCCGUCUGAGGGUGGUUGGCGAUAAAGUAAUGAUCCUGGCUAGGUCAGGGCUCUGGCAAGAAGUGGUGAAUGUGCCAGCCAGUCAGACUUUCCUGAUGCCUGAGGGGAUGAGCUUCGAGGAAGCAGCUGCCCUUCUUGUCAACUACAUCACUGCCUACAUGAUCCUGUUUGACUUUGGAAACCUGAGACCCAACCAGAGUGUCCUUAUCCACAUGGCUGCAGGUGGUGUGGGAACUGCUGCCAUCCAGCUGUGUAAGACUGUAGAAAAUGUCACCAUUUUUGGCACUGCGUCUGCCUCCAAGCAUGAUUCACUCAAGGAGAGUGGAGUCGCUCACCCCAUUGACUACAGAACGAUGGAUUACACAGAGGAGGUCCGGAAAAUCUCUCCCAAAGGUGUUGACAUUGUCCUGGACCCCCUGGGAGGAUCCGAUACGUCCAAAGCUUUUAACCUGUUGAAGCCAAUGGGCAAACUCAUCACUUAUGGCGUAGCAAACCUGCUCACUGGGCAGAAAAGGAACCUCAUGGCUAUGGCUAAAACCUGGUGGAACCAGUUCAGCAUCAAUGCCUUGCAGCUCCUACACCAUAACAAGGCUGUGUGUGGCUACCACCUUGGAUAUAUGGAUGAAGAAUUUGAGCUUGUCGGAAGUGUUGUAGCCAAGUUGGUUAACCUUUACAAUCAAGGCAAAAUCAAGCCCAAAAUAGACUCUGUAUGGCCCUUUGAUCAGGUGGCAGAUGCCAUGAGGCAGAUGCAAGAGAAGAAGAAUGUCGGAAAGGUCAUCCUGGUCCCUGAAGCACCCAAGGAAGAAUCCAAAAAAGAAGAGAACUAAGGAGAAGAGAUGUGUGCAGAUUGUGAAUUCAUGGUUUAACUCCCUGAUCUCUUUGGGACCUGGAAAUGGACAGAUCAGUAGCUUCCAUCUUCACCAGUACAAGAACAUCGUGGUUAAAGUUCAGAUGAGGUUUGCAUGCUCUCGUUGUGACUGACCCUUUGCC